AUGGACCCAUGCUUCUCCAAGGCAAGCGGGAAUGUGCUAACCUGUGGGUGGAGCUAUGGACCACUUCUGAAUGAUGGCACUCGAUGUUGUUGCUUUUCGAAUUUCUGCUUGCAGACUGCUCUGACUGGCCAGGGUGCAACGAAGUUGUGGAACAAGUCUGUGCAGAUGGUGCCAUUCCCGCCUGGGCAGGUGGGAUCGAUGCUUUGCAUUCCUCUGUGGUGCAAACAAUUACAACAGCUCGUCUACUUGUACCUAGAUGCUAUUCUGUUGCUCGUCGGAGGCCUUGAACCAGGCUUUGCUGACAGGGUGGAGUACUGUGGCAAUGGGAGGUGUUACAAGCAACACAUUUCAAGACACGCAGGUUCUUUAUAG